AUGGCUCAACCCUUAUCAUUGGCUCAGUCUCUCGAGAAGUACGACAGAUUUCCUAUGUGCCUGCUGGCAGGCUCCAACCAAGGCACCACAGUCCUAAACCAACACCACGACCGAAUCAACGAGUCGCAACGACUAUUAUUUCUUCCCGACAAGACAAAAUUCAAAGUCCCUAUCCGCGACAUCACAGCCGCGGGUACGGUGAGCAAAAUCAAUAUUAAGAAUGAAGUCAAGUUACGCGGUUUCCUUGGCGAUGCACCCAUGCAAACGCUUCAGCCCAGCCAACCACCGUCAAAUCCUCCCACAAUCCGACCCGACCCCGCAUGUCGAUUCGUUUUCUUCCUUACGGAGAACGCCAUAGCACCCUUGUGGCUCAGCAAGGAGAUGUUGUAUCUCCUGUUGACUUUUUAUCAAGUCAUGCCUCAAUUGUUGGACUUUCUGCUUGUGUAUGCCUCUCCAUUUGGGCAUGAUAGGGAACUUCGGUUCAGCGGAUUCAGAACAGAGAAGAACUUGUCAAGUCCAGCCGGUGGCUCAAUCAUUCCCGAACUCGGACGGAGUGGCAGAAAAUAUCAACUAUGCUUCAACUUGAAGACAGUAGCUUUGAAGGAGAAUAAGCAAUGGAAGGUUCGUCAAGCCGCUAUCCAUCACCAAUUCGAUCUGGGACAAGGAACCCAACUGUGGAUGAUCGCAGAUCCGCAUGCUGCGAUCAAGUCUAGAAUUGGUGAGCUCUACAAUGAGCAUAGCACAUACGAUACCAGCUUUGCGUCGAUGGAACAGGGCUUCAAGUCCUCGCUGGAUGUGCACUUGGCGCUUGCGCGUUGGGCAACUUCUGAGUGGAGGUGGCACGUAAGGUAUCUCGAAGAAAAGGCGGAACAACCGGAGCUCACUAUCGCUCUCAAGGAAAAGCGUCACAUAGAAUCACUUGACCCUGGGACUCUUAGUGAAAUGCAGAGAUGGGAGGAGAAGGCCAAUGAAAACAUCAUGGUCAUGGAAUCUAACGUCAAGGUCAUGGAAUUGCUUCAGAGAUUCUACAGAGAGCUUGUGCAUGAUGAAGACUUCCCUGAGAAUCAACGAAGGCCGUGCCUUCAGGCUGUCAAGAAUUUCGCGUUUCAAUUGGAUGAACUGAUUUGCGAUACACGAAUGCAAGUCGACCGCGCCAGGGUUUUGGUCAAGAUCCUCGCAGACCGAAAAGCAGUUCUCAUCCAGCAUCUACAAAUGCAGACUGCUCUUGCUGCCUCAAAACUCUCAGCCAGCAUGUAUACCCAGGCCGAUCGUAGCGCUAUUGAGACGAUUGCCGUGCGAAUUGUGACCAUAGUCACUCUCAUAUACCUUCCAGCUACAUUUUCGAGUACUCUCUUCAGCACCGACAUUGUCAAAUACCAAGACGACGAAAGCUUCUCAAGUCUUGCUCUCUAUAGAUUUCUACAAGUCACGGUUCCACUUAUGUUUCUCACUUUCCUCGGCGCUGGCAUCUGGUUCUGGAUAGAAUGGACCAAGCGAGACCGAGAAUCACAAGAAUUGAAAGAUCAGCACCCUGACUUGUUUCAACAAUGGAUGAAAGAAAAGUCGUGA